AUCUGGCAGUUGCCAGGGCGAUGGCGUCACGGAUGACGUCACCGGCGCAGCGCAUCGCCCCGCUCCUCGUGAACUCGACGCUCUUCUGCGCGUCUGAUGACAGCUCGCUGUAUUAAAGCAUGUCUACACCGGCGAGACGACGCCUCAUGAGAGACUUUAAGAGACUUCAGGAAGAUCCUCCGACUGGAGUGAGCGGCGCUCCGUCAGAAAACAACAUCCUGCUGUGGAACGCCGUGAUCUUUGGGCCUGGAGGAACUCCUUUUGAAGACGGAACAUUUAAGCUGGUCAUUGAGUUUUCAGAAGAAUAUCCCAACAAGCCUCCGACGGUUCGCUUCAUCUCCAAAAUGUUUCACCCAAACGUGUAUGCAGAUGGCAGCAUAUGUUUAGACAUUCUUCAGAAUCGCUGGAGUCCCACGUACGACGUCUCCUCCAUUCUGACAUCCAUCCAGGUGCAUCAUGGUCUCUGUUAGACGAGCCCAAUCCCAACAGCCCAGCCAACAGUCAAGCGGCUCAGCUCUAUCAGGAGAACAAACGUGAAUAUGAGAAGAGAGUCUCUGCCAUCGUGGAGCAGAGCUGGCUCGACUCAUAACAACUGCACACCAUUCAUAGGAUUAUUCACUUCUACACUAAUGCAUUUCACAAAGAUCAACAAUAGUUGUGUGCUUAUUAUUUACUUUUCACUGCAUGAUAAGCAAAAUCUGAAUCGUGCUGUUGUCGGAUUGAUGCAGUUGAAUGCAAAUCAAUAGCAAAGAUGUUGUGCAGUGCAGUCCAUCUCAAAGUGCUUUAGUAAAACAUUAUUAAUAUAUUUGAAAACUGAUGCACCUAAAGAUCGACUGUAGGCCUGUCAUGAUAACAACUGUUUGCUUGUUGUUCAAUAUAUUGCCCCAGAACAAAUUGUGAUCAAUUAUAUUAUUGACCUUUUUAUGCCACUAAAUUUAAUCAUAAUGAAUAAUUAUUAUCUUGCAUAAUAAUGCAAUAAAGACAGUGCACUUUCAAUUGACUACAUGAAUAUUUAGAUCAUGCAAAUUAAGUAUCAUCAUUUUAGAUACCUUAAAAUCUUCGCAUUUCUGAUAAAAAAGUGCAACAUGACACGUAGAAAAAAAUGCACAAAAAACUUGUAUGGAGAUUUUUCUAUCUACAAAAAAAUUUGAACCAAGUAUACCACAGUAUGCACAAGAAGCUGGAAAAGACACAGGUGCAAGUGAAAUGCAAAAAACCAUGGGGACAUAUAUUGCGUUAUAUAUUGCGUCCCCAAAAAUGAUUGAGGUCAUGCACACAGCGAUAUAUUGAUUAUUGAGACGUGCGAGUAAUGCCUGGAUGACAGUGUUGAGCGGAUGUUUUAGUUUUUGUGAAUUUAUCAUAAGACUAUUUCUACUUCGAAUAUGCUGUAUAAGAAAAAAUAAACAAAACAUUUUUCAGA